UCUCUUCCCAACCAACUCACACCCACAUUUUCUCGCUCUCUCUAGCUUCUUCUCUUUCUCUUUCUCUAAAAAUACAAAACAAAAAAAUGCAAUACAAAACAGAAACUCGAGGGUCGUUGUCCUACAACAACAACAACAGUAAGGUAAUGAACAACAUGAAUGUGUUUCCGUCGGAGACACUGGCGAAGAUAGAGUCGAUGGCGGCAGAGAAUGCGGUGGUUAUAUUCAGCGUGAGCACAUGCUGCAUGUGCCACGCCAUCAAGCGUCUCUUCCGUGGAAUGGGGGUCAGCCCCGCCGUCCACGAGCUCGACCUCCUCCCUUACGGCGUUGAAAUUCACCGAGCUCUCCUCCGUCUCCUGGGCUGUUCCAGCGGUGGCGCUACUUCUCCGGGGGCACUUCCGGUGGUGUUCAUAGGAGGGAAGAUGGUAGGAGCAAUGGAGAGAGUGAUGGCUUCACAUAUUAAUGGCUCACUCGUUCCUCUUCUCAAAGAUGCUGGCGCUCUUUGGCUCUGAUUGAUGAUCUCAUCCUCCAAACCAACCUUUCGUUUUUCUUUACUUUCUUUGACUUCUAAGGACAAAAAAAGAUUAGGUUAAUUAUAGUGUUGAAUUAGGGACAGUGAGAGAGAAGAGUUGUGCGUUUGUUUUAAGCUUAGCUCUUUUCUCUAUCUUAAUCACACUAAUAUAUAAAUGUUUACUAA